AUGAAUCAAGAAGAGAGAAAAACUUAUGAUAAUACAUCAAGUUCAUACCUAUCCUUAAAAGCUGAGUUAUUACGUAAAAAACAAGAUAUUCAAAAAGUAUCAUCAUCAUCGACUUCUUCAUCGGCUAUACUUGACAAUUUACAAUCGACAUCAAGUUCAUUAAAACUGAAAGCAAAGUCAGAUUUAGAUAUUGAAGUUGUUAGUACAUCAAAAAAGAAGAAGAAAACUGAAGAUGUCGCGCCUCCACCAUCGGCAUCAACGUUAUCUCGUCAAGAUGAAAUAGCUUUCGCUAAAUCACGUGCAAUGCUUGAAGCAAAAUCCAAACUAUAUGAUCAAAUAAUGUCAAAUGGUGAAAUGAGAUUAUUAGCUGAAGAUGAUGGUGAUGAGGAUAAUGACAAAUCAUUUCUUGUUGAUUUCGAACGAAAAAUCUAUGAAGCGAAUCGUCAUCUUAAUAAAGUUGAAUAUACAGAUUCAUUUGGACGUACACGUUUAGUUACUCAAGACGAAUUCGAAGAAUUUAAAAAAUCUGAAAAGAAAAUCUCUCAAGAUAAACCCCAAUCGAACAGCUCUGAUAAUGAAAUUGAACGUGUUGAACGUUUACAUCGCCAACAAAUGCGUAGUAAAUGGGAAGCUGAAAUGGAUGCAAUAAGAGAUAAAACACAGCUGCAUUAUCAAGAUGUUUUAUUUGAUGAGAAACGUGAACAUGGUGUUGGUUAUUACAACUUUUCUACCGAUGAUAAACAACGUGCUGAACAAAUGGCAACAUUAAAUGAACUAAGAACAAAUACGAAAAAUGAAAAAUCGAAAUUUAUUCACGAAAAAGAACAACGGCAAUCGAUCACGUCUGAUCGUUUAAAUAAAAUACGUUUAAGAAAAGCAAAAGAAAUGGGUAUUCAUUUGCCGGAGACUAACGAAUCAACAUUAGAAUCCAUAAAAGAACCUCACAUAGAAUCAGACAUUAAAGAAUCAUCAAAUGUUUCCAUGAAUAAAGAAGACGAGAUUAUGAAACCGGUAUCAAUUGAUAAGAAUUUCGAAAAAGAAAAAGAAUUAAAUCGUGUAGAAAUCGUGCGAUCAAUACCAGAACAAUCAUCACAACAAACGCUACAGACGACUUCCACUCAACUAAAGCCACCUGCACGGAACAAUAAUCAAAUAACACAAAAAUCAAAUUCAUCGUUAGCCUAUCCAUUUCCAGUCAUACGCAGUAGUACAAGUUCAUCAUUAUCGGACACCUAUGAUUUAUAUUCAUCGAAUAUACAUUAA